AUGCGGACAAGCUACAAUUUGUAUACCAACGACGAAGAAGCGAAACAGUUUGUAAUGAUGAAAGUUCUGGCGAUAUUUCUGUGUUUUUGUAUUAUUAUCCAAGCCACUUCAGCUGAACGUGGAAUGAUGGUUGGAGGAAAGGAACCCAUCAACCCGAGGGAUGUUCCUUUGGAGGGAAUUGAUAAAGCCCUUGACAUGGCUAGGGAAAAAUUGUCGUCGAACUCUUGUUCAAAGUUCGUUUCACAAAAAAUCAUCAAAGCUGAAGCCCAAGUCGUUGAAGGAAUUCUGUAUUUUGUCAAAAUUGAGAUUGCUCCAAAAGAUAAGACUAAAGAUUGCCAGCUGUUAGACGAUUGUCGAAAUGAAUUGUAUGUUUGUUCUUUCAAUAUAUGGUCUCGAUCGUGGUUGAAAGACCCUGACAAACAACUACUUGUGGACAAACUUCACUGUGAUUGCGAAUUCAAACAAUGA